ACCUCUCACUCUGCUAUUGGGCCGUGGGGUCACGUGGUAAAAGUAACUUUACAGGGCUGCUCGCAAGUAGGAGGGCUUUAUGGAGCAGAAAAACGACAAAGCUAGAAAAAUUAUUUUCCACUCCAGAAAUUAAUGAUCAUGAGCUCGUAUUUGAUGGACUCUACCUACAUUGAUCCGAAAUUUCCUCCAUGCGAGGAAUAUUCACAAAACAGCUACAUCCCCGACCACAGCCCCGAAUAUUACAGCCGCGCAAGGGACCCUGGCUCUGGUUACCAGCAUCACCAUCAGGAGUUAUACCCUCCGCGGGCGAGCUACCAAGAGCGCCAAUAUAACUGUGCAAGCAUCCCUGAACCUGACACGCAAAGUGGACAUGGACUACCCCAUACUGCGCACCUGCUUGCAGGGAAAGGGCAGCCAGCCUCAUGUGAGACCCCACAGCUACCCAUGUCCCCCACCACCCCACCGGCUGCAUCCUCCGCCUGCAACCAAGCUACACCGGAGCAUCCAAACAGCUCAGCCUCCUCCAAGCAGCCCGUGGUAUACCCAUGGAUGAAGAAAAUUCACAUCAGCACUGCGAACCCGAAUUACAAUGGAGCGGAUUCCAAGCGGUCUAGGACAGCCUACACUCGACAGCAGGUCUUAGAAUUGGAGAAGGAGUUCCACUAUAACCGCUAUUUAACUCGGCGGAGGCGCAUUGAGAUAGCUCAUACAUUGGUUCUCUCCGAACGACAAAUCAAAAUUUGGUUUCAGAACCGCAGGAUGAAGUGGAAAAAAGACCAUAGGCUUCCUAACACCAAAGUGAGAUCCUCCACCACGGGCGUAUCCUCCGGGUCCAACACAACCUCAUCAACCGGCGCUGUCGCCACUUCCUCGGCCACUGGUGCCAUUAUUCCAAAUGAACUUUCCGGAGGAGAGGAUGGCGAGGAUAUUACAACGUUAUAAGGCGAACAAAACAAAACACAAAAACACUUCAAGAAGGGAGAUAGAGAAAUGACUGAUUAUUUAUAGAAUAAAAGAAUCAGUCAUAUAGAAUAUAUUUUGUUUUCGUAGCUAUUUGUGUGGUUUCAUUUAAGUCCAAAGUUAUAUAAAAUGCAUGUUAUAUAGCAUGGAUUUAUGCGAAUACCGAUGGAUUCUUUUUACGCGACACAGGGUUUAAGUUAUUUCAUGCUGAAUCAAAAUGAUGUUUUUAUGAGAAAAUGUUUUGAAUGAAGGAAAAAAAAUGUAGGCCUACAUUUGAUCUAAAUGUUAUGGUGGGCCAUUCGUUUGCCCUGCUGCCCAAGGUGAAAUGCACAAUUUAUUUAUUUUAAGGGGAACACUGGAAGAAUAUCAUUAUUAUCAUAGUUAUUUUUGGUAAAAAUGCUGGAACAUCGCGAUGUGAACAUCGAUAUUGCAAGGUGAAUUACUUCGCGUGUUUCAAAAACAGGAUUUUGAAUUACAAUUUAGUUUGUGGUGUUUACGUUGUGUUUAGCAGGUUAUUGUAAAAUGCAAUAAACAGAGUUUAGUGUAUUUGUGAUAAUCAUAUUGGUCAAUAAAACAGUGAA